AUGCCUUCAAUGUCCACCAUCCUCAAGGGCCUCACGCUUGCAAGCAUUCUCUCUCUGGCUACAGCCUCCCCAUUCGCCGCUCCACCUCGUCCCAGCCUGGAAUGCAAGUCAGCCGCCGCCACGCCAACAGGAGCAGCUCCCACCAUCCCCACCAGCGGUAACACGCCUGAUUUACCAUCGACCACUCUUUCCCUCGUUUACGUUGCUGUGGGUAGGGGUACACAGAAUUACACCUGCUUAGCAGCAGGCGCAAACUCCACCGCAACCGGCGCAAUCGCAACCCUCUUCGACGCCACCUCCCUCGCAUACGCCAACAUCAGCGCCGUGCACGCCAUCCCGCCCAUAGCUGUCAACCAAGCCGUCCCCUCGGGCUCCUUGGACUCUAGCAGCGGCCCGCUCAGCGUACUCGGGAACCACUUCUUCGACGCCAGCGGGACCCCGACAUUCAACCUCAGCGCUGCCAACAAGAUCCUCUUUGCUGCCAAGACGGGCGAUGUGAAAGCACCGGCUACUUCCAGCAAGGGACCGGCUGGCACUGGUGCGGUGGAUUGGCUGUCCUUGACUGCGAAGCCUGCGCCGUAUGUCAGUGAUGGGGUCAGCCUGGUGUAUCGGGUUGAGACGGCAGGUGGUGUUGCGCCUGCUUGUACGGCGGCUGGGACGCAGACCGUGCAGUAUGCUGCUGAGUAUUGGUUUUACGACUGA